CAUCCGGCAGCUCUGAGAGUAAUACUGCAAAGAACAUGAGAUGAGGAGAAACUGAAUGAGGGGGAGGGGGAAGAAGAGAACUGGCUGCAGAAGAGUCAACAGAAGGCUUCCCUUCUUUUGGCUAGUGACCCCAAGGAAAAGGACUUGUGAUGCCGAAGGAAGUGGGGACUUCUGGGAGCACUGGAAAGGGGGAGCAGAGAAGGGACAAACCAAGUUGGGGCUCCCACAGUUACAACAUGGGAGCUGCCUCUGGCUUCCUUGCCACGCUCGCCACCUUCCCAAUCUACAAGACCAUCUUCCGCCAGCAGCUCCAUGCCUUUUCCAUCCAGGAGGCUGUUCGCCAGCUGAGCCAGGAGGGCCUCCACAGAUUCUACCGGGGAGUCUUCCCCCCUCUCCUUUCCCGGACGGUGCAGGGCACGCUGAUGUUUGGCACUUAUGAAAGCUGCCUUCACAUUCUCUCCUGCAGGUCUUCUAGGCCUCACUCACUGGGAGACCGGUACACAGCAGGACUCGUCUCUGGCAUUUUGGAAGCCUUGGUGCUGUGUCCCUUUGAGAGGAUCCAAAACGUUCUUCAGGAUGGACGGAAGAACAAGAGGUUUCCAGCAACCCAUAGUAUCCUGCAGGAGUUUCACUCCUAUGCUCCAAGGGAGACGCUGGUACUAGGCUACUACCGUGGCCUGGGUCUCAUCCUGGUUCGUAAUGGCCUGGGGAGCUCUCUGUAUUUCUCCUUGAAGGAUCCCCUCCAAGACAGCCUCUCUGAAAGAGGCUUGCCCCGUUGGCUCCCUGCCCUGAUUUCCGGCAGUGUAAAUGGCACGUUGAUUUGCCUUUUUCUGUAUCCUCUCAGUGUUCUUAUUGCUAAUGUGCAGUCUCAGGUGGGGAAACAAGAGAUACUCCACUUCCAGGCUGCAGUGACGGCUGUUUGGGGAAACCAUGGGAGGAGCGUGGCAUUGCUUUACAGAGGUGGGUCCCUCCUUAUUCUCAGGUCCUGCCUAACAUGGGGUCUUACUACAGCCAUCUAUGACUUCCUCCAGCAGAGCACAGUCUAGGUUCAAGAACCACAUGGUCAGUAGAACAAAAUCUGGAGAGUGGCUCUUCAGGAAAGGCAGGGAUGGAGUACUCCCCCACUUACACUGCAGCCCAUUUGACUAUCGCUUGCAAUUGGUAGAUUAGCACUCUCCAUACGCACACACACACAGGGUAGCUGCCAACACCAGUCACAUGGAAAUCUUUGGCAGUACCUGGGAAGCCCGUUCUGACCUCUCUCCAUCUCACAAACACACAGCCUAACAUGCAAUCUAACUUGCUGAAGUGCUGGCUACAUAAAACCUAGUCCCUUUUCGCCCAAGCAAUAUGUUAACGAUGCAGAUUUUCCUGAACAAUAUGUUCUAGUUUUAUUUGAGGGAAACAAGAGUAAGGAGAGAAAUUGGAUGCAAUUACUCUCCGGGAAAAAAUAAAGAAAAUAAGGAAGAAUUAUAUACAUAUGGGAGAAUGCAGAACAGAUAAAACGAUACAGCAGACUGACACAUCUGGUGGUCCAUCUAGGAGUGGCCAACCUGUGGUGCCCCAGAUGUUCAUGGACUACAAUUGGCCAUGCUGGUGGGGGCUGAUGGGAAUUGUAGUCUAGGUACAUCUGGGGCAACAUAGGUUGGCCACCCCUAAAUGACUUACAGUCUACAAAUCCUGAGCAAUGUCAGCUUGACAUGAGUCUAUCCUGCACCCUUGUUUACUUCUGGGAAAGCCAAGUGCAACUCUCCCUUGAGAGUUUUUAUCAAAUUUUCUAUAAUCACACCCAUUGCACGACGAACUGUUCUUCUCCUGCUGUGACUGGGGCUAAACCUAUAAGAAGUUUCCAUUUGGAAGAGAAAACCUAUUGCUCCCCCUGGGGCUUUGUAGUUUGCUGUCCUGUUCCCACUCUCAACUUGGAAAGUUCUGUAGUCCUGUUCCCAAAAGGAUUGCUUGAUUUUGAGCCUAAAUUAAAACAGGGGAUCAUGGAAACUCGUUACCGGAAGUGAAGCCCAUUCUGGGACCACGCUGGGAGCGAAAGGAUGGACCCUUGGUCAACAGUGCAAGCACCAUAUAGGAACCAAGAUGAAGGAAGAUAAUGCACCCAAGACCACAAUUUCCAUUCAACUGUUCAUAUCUUUUAUUUUUAAUUAAGCAAGUGCCAGUCAGCUUUUUAGGGUGUCAGCACAAGUGCUUCCCAGAAAUGUAAGUCAGCAGCCUCUGCAGCUGAGAAGGACUGUUUGAAGAAGGCAGGGUAGCCAGCACAGUUGCUGGGGUGCAAAUUAGACCUGCAACCACCUGCCUAACCAUCUACUAAGGUUUGUUCCCCUGUUCAAGAGACAAUUCACAUAUACAGGGAAAAAACAGGGGCAGAGGAACAAGAGAGCUUUCAUAUAAUUUAGAGGGGGCUACUUUGGCUGAAUGGUAGCAACUUUAGAGGCCAAGCAUGGUAUCACUGUAAAGCUCCAUCAUCAAACAGGCUUGAGGGGCUGUUGUCAAGAGAGAAGCCAUUUUAAUGGGAUUUUCCAUAUUUGUUCACUGUUUCUUGACUCUGUGCACCUCCAUACAGCUACUUAUCAAGGAUAUCUUCUCAGGCCUGUUAAUUAGCUCACACAAUUCAGUUGAGGAUUUAGUAUGAAAAGGAAAAGUCACUCUUAAUCUGGAAAGAUCAUAGAAUUAUGACUGGUUGAGGAGGGCAGGAGGGUAUGGUCAGCAAUUUUCUGUAAGUAUCGCUAGAGAGAAGAAUCCCUUUGACCUUUCCUUCCUUGCUGCCAAUACAUUAUUUGUAUUACGCUCUGGAAACUCUUUGCCUUAAGAAUCAACUGCACUAUGUUUGGAUUCCAGUAAGCAAGAUAGUUGGUCAGUUUUGUUAUAUAUGAUAAUGCCUUCAA